CUUCGCCUUGCAUGAUGGCUUUCAGUACUUGGAAAUACAAACUGAUACCACUCGAUUCCAUGGUGAUGCCUCGUUCUUGUUCGUCUUCUCGUGAAUCCAAAUACCGAACUUUACCAGCGAGUUUGCUGGAGAUAAUGCCGUUGGAUGCGAGCAAUGAGUCGGAAAGGGUUGUUUUGCCGUGAUCCACAUGAGCUAAGAUACAUAUAUUACGAAUGUUCUUGCAAGUGCUUUGCAGCUCCUGCAAUUUGGCAGUAGUCACUGCUGGCAUUCUGGUUUGAUAAAGCUGGUAUAAGUUGGGAGUCGGAUUUCAACACAGUAAGAAGGCGAAAAAGUUGUGACUGUGUUGCAUUUCAGCCUUCACGGUGUCGAAAAAUCUUUCCUUCUUCCUUUCUUGCAAAACACCAUGGCAGACGCUCAGCAACAGCAAGUCGACCCCACCAUUCAGAACCCUGAUGUUGUCACAAAGUAUAAGACCGCAGCUGAAAUCUCAACCCGUGUCUUGAACCAGGUCAUUCCUCUUUGCGUCGCUGGCGCCAAGGUUUUCGAUAUCUGCGUUGAGGGUGAUAAGCUCAUCCAAGAGGGUACUAAGGCUGUCUACAACAAGGCCAAGACUCCCAAGGGUAUUGCUUUCCCCACUUGCUUGUCUAUCAACGAGUGUGUUGCCCACUUCUCCCCCAUCGAGAGCGAUCCCGAAGCCGCCACUGUUCUCAAGGAUGGUGAUGUUGUCAAGAUCCAACUCGGUGCCCAGAUCGAUGGUUACGGCUCCCCUAUUGCCCACACCGUUGUUGUUGGUGCUUCUGCCGAGAAGCCUAUCACUGGAGCUGUUGCUGACGCCAUGAAGGCUGCUCACACCGCUCUUGAGGCUGCUAUCCGAUUGAUCAAGCCCGGUAACAAGAACAUGGAUGUCACCAAGGCUGUUACUCAAAUCACUGAUGAUUUCGGCGUCAAGUGCGUUGAGGGUAUGUUGACCCACCAACAGGAGAAGGAUGUUGUUGAUGGCAAGAAGCAGGUUAUCCUCAACCCCAGCGAGCAUCACUUGCGCGACUUUGAGCGUGUUUCCUUUGCUGAAAACGAAGUCUACGCCGUUGACAUUCUUGUCUCCACCGGUGAAGGAAAGACCAGACAAAUGGAAACCCGUACCACCGUUUACAAGAAGACUGGUACCCGUUACCAAUUGAAGAUGGCUGCUUCCCGUCAAGUUUUGUCUGAGAUUAACACCAAGUUUGGUAACUUCCCAUUCUCUCUCCGUGAUCUCGAUGAUCAGCGCAAGUCCCGUAUGGGUAUCAUUGAGUGCGCCAAGCACCAAACUGUUUUGCCCUACGACAUCUUGUUCGAACGCGAUGGCGUUGUUGUCCAAUUCUUGGCUACUUUGUUGUUGACCAAGAACGGUAACGUCAAGGUCACCACUCCCCCUUACGACCCUGCUCUUGUCAAGAGUGACAAGGAAUUGAAGGAUGAGGAGCUUGUUAAGCUUUUGGCCACUCCUUUGAAGCCUAGUGCUAAGAAGAACAAGAAGAAGAAGGCUGCCGGUGAAGCUGAAGCUGCCACUGCCUAAACCCUCCAACCACCUCUUUGUUACAUUUGAGCCUAAAAACACACAUACAAAAAUACAUGAAAAUAAAAAUUUCAAUAGCCAGGCAUUCUGCGCUAUGACCCUGUAAACAUGGAACCAUUUCCUGUCGAUAUAAGAGAUCGAUUUUAAACCCCCCCAUCCAUUAUGCUGCUAUGGAUUGAAGUUCAAUGGGAGCAGCAUUUAGCUCAAUACUUCGCGCACACCCACUCUUUAUAUAUCAAUCAACUUGAGUUUCCGUCUUCUAAACAUUCAUUGUUGCUGCUGCGUCAAACCUGCACUGGGCAUCGCCAAACAUGCGGUAAAUAUAGC